GUUCACAAACGAUCAUCCUUGUGAGCUGGGCAAGUUUUCACAAGCGGACGGCAGGACUAGAAAACACCAUCAUGAGACUCUCAUCAUCGUCAUCAGCGUGGACUACAUUGCUUCUCUUCUUUGUCAUUCAAGGAUCAUCAAGAGCUUGCACAGUGAAGAAACUGGGCAGCAACACAGGCAGAUUCGCCAACGCCACUUUGGUGCGCCUCUCGGAGUUUUUGAGUGCGGGCUACAAGAAGGGAGUACGACCGGUGAAGGACUGGCGAACAUCCACCCUUGUGGCCAUUGACCUCAUGGUUUACUCCAUCCUCAGUGUGGAUGAGAAGAACCAGGUUUUGACAACAUAUGUCUGGUACAGACAGUCGUGGACAGAUGAGUUCCUGGUCUGGAAUCCAGAGGACUUUGAUGAGGUCAAACAAGUUUCACUUCCGACCGCCAAUGUGUGGGUGCCCGACAUUCUCAUCAAUGAAUUCGUCGACGUGGGGAAGUCUCCUGACAUCCCGUACGUCUAUGUGACACACAACGGCUUGGUGCGCAACUACAAACCCAUCCAGGUGGUCACCGCCUGCACACUCAACAUCUACAACUUCCCCUUUGACGUCCAGAAAUGCAGCUUAACCUUCCAGAGCUGGCUCCAUACAAUUGAUGACAUCAACAUCACGUUGAUGCGAAGCCCCGAGGAGCUGAAGGAGGACAAGAGCGUCUUCAUGAACCAAGGAGAGUGGGAGCUGCUGCACAUUUUGUCCAACUAUAAAAUCUUCAGUGUGGACAAUGAUGACUACUAUGCCGAGAUGAAGUUCCACGUGGUGAUCCGCCGGCGGCCAUUAUUCUACACAGUCAACCUGUUGCUGCCCAGUAUCUUUCUGAUGGUGAUGGACAUUGUGGGCUUCUAUCUUCCACCUGACAGUGGUGAGAGGGUUUCCUUCAAGAUCACUUUGCUACUGGGAUACUCCGUUUUCCUCAUCAUAGUAUCCGACACUCUGCCCGCGACCGCCAUUGGAACCCCGCUGAUAGGUAGGUGCAGUAAUGUGGCCAUGUUGUUUUAUCCUACUUUUUUGACCUGUUCUUGUCUUGUCUGUGCCAAAGGUGUCUAUUUCGUGGUUUGCAUGGCCCUCUUGGUGAUCAGUCUGACGGAAACAGUGCUGAUUGUGCGUCUGGUCCACAAGCAGGACCUGCAGCCUCCAGUUCCUCACUGGCUGAAAUACCUGCUUCUGGAGCGCGCUCCAGCCCUCUUCUGCAUCCACAAGAAACACCAGCUGUGCUCUAGGUUGUCCUCCCAGGCCUCUGACCUGGAUCACUACAAAGACAGCAACUAUGGGACUGCCCAGUGUACACUCCAUCACACCUGCGAGAUCGGCCGGCAGCACGACAGAGAAGUGGGCCUGUUGGGUCGGGGCCUGCUCCCCUCCAGAGGUCCAUCCCCGCCCAUCAUGAACAACAUCCUGCAAGAGGUGACGGCGAUACGCAACUUCUUGGAGAAGCGGGACAAUUGCCGGGAGGUGGCUAAGGAGUGGCUGCAGGUGGGCUACGUUCUGGACGUGCUGCUCUUCAGGGUCUACCUGGUGGCCGUGGUGGCAUACAGCAUCACGCUGGGCACGUUGUGGUCGGUGUGGCAGGUCUCCUGA